UCCAGCUGCUGCGAUGAGCGAGCUUAACACCAAAACAUCCCCAGCAACCAACCAGGCACCUGGCCCAGAGGAAAAGGCUGCAGGGAAAGCCGGCAAUGCCAAGAAGGCCGAGGAGGAGGAGGAGAUUGACAUCGACCUGACCGCCCCUGAGACAGAGAAGGCUGCCCUGGCCAUUCAGGGCAAGUUCCGGCGAUUCCAGAAGAGGAAAAAGGACCCCAGCUCCUGAAGGGCCAGCCUGGCCCUCACCCUGCCCCCUCUCCCCGCUGCACAGCUCCGGCUCCAAUGUACCUUUGUCUCUCUGUCCCUCUAGCCUCUGGGUAAGGCAAGUUCAACCCUUAUCUGUUAUUUUCUGUGCCCCUUCAAGCCGUCACUGCAGUAGCGGUGCAAGGAACAGGGAAGAUGAAGACUUCAUCUGGCAGCCACGUGCCUGAGGGUGGACCAGCUUCUCCUUGGGAUGAGCCCCCUUGACCAGCACUUCUGCCCCAUGAGGCUGAAGCAGAGGAGGCUUCGGGGCUGGGGAGGCCUCAAUGUGGGAGGGAAGGGAAGGGCUUCGGAGUGGGGUGCCUGAGGGCAUCUGCACGUUCUGCCUGUCGCCUUCAGGUGACAUCUCCCCUCGCUCCCCUGCACCCCACCUCCUUUCCCUCCAUGCGCUAAGCCACAGUGGGGACGGCAGCCCGCACCCUGGGCAGACCUGGGUCUAGCAGCUUCCACAUCCGUGCCUGCCGGGCGGAUGAGCUUCGAGGACAGCAGCAGGGCUGGGGGAGGCAGGAAGGCUCCUUCGUGUUCCAGGCUGGGACCCAGGGGCAGAGGCAGGGAGGUGGGAACUGGGGUAGAUUUGGGAGGAAAGACAAGUGAAGGGGAGAAAUCUCUGAGGACCCAGGUGACUGCCAGUCAGGGAGACUGUGCUCUGUGAGGGGUCCCUGGGGCUCUGCUGACCUGCCUGCCUCAACCCACCGCCCACGCCUCCCCAGAGGCCGCUCUCACCUGCCCCACUGUGGAGUCAGGACAGGAUGGAAUAGCCACUCUGUGUGAU